AUGCCUGAUGUCAAGCCUUCUAUGAUUGAUGUCAAGCCUUCCAUGCAUGAUGUCAAGCCUUCUAUGCCUGAUGUCAAAGCUACUGUGCCUGAUAUGCUAAGAUCUCCUGGCAACAUGCCCGAAUGUCUUGAAGUAGGUAGUUCAUAUAGUGCCGAUUUUAAGCUACAGUUGUCGAAUGCCAGUAUUGUUCAAAGUGGUAACCCCAUUUUGAAACCUUUUGACGAAAGACCUCAUCUUGUAUUCAAACAUGAAACUUUGCACGAUAAUGAGCAUCAGAAAGGGCUUAACCCUAAUGCUUCUGACUUUCAACCAUCCUUUUCAAAGUAUCCUGGUAUGGAAAGCUCUAGGACAGAAGAUACAUCCCAGCAUUUACAUGACCAGAAUGAACUGAUUUGGCAAGCUCAUAGACAGAUGGCAACAGCUAUGUUGUUACCUCAGCCUAAGGUGCCAAAGUUUAAAGGUGACCCUACAGAAUAUGGUGCAUUUAUCAUGUCUUUUGAUGCCCAUAUAGUUCCUCAUGCUAGCAGCCCUAUAGAUCGACUCUACUACCUGGAACAGCAGCUUGAGGGAGAACCAAAGGACUUGAUUGCUGGAUGUCUCUACAUGGAUCCAGAGGAAGGCUACAUUAAGGCCAGGGACCUGUUGAGUAGUGAGUAUGGUAACCCAUACAAAGUUUCAACUGCCUAUGUUAAUCAAGUUCUAUCAUGGCCUCAGAUCAAGCAUGAUGAUUGUCAUGGACUUAAACAAUUCUCUCACUUCCUCAUCAAGUGUUUUCAUGCAAUGAAGACUAUGUCACACAUGACUGUUCUUAAUCAUUCUGUUAACUUGCAAGCAGUUGUGUUGAAGUUGCCAGUGCAUCUACAGAAUAAAUGGCGUGAUCAUGUUACCAGAGCACAACUUCAUAGCAACAGGCCUGUGGACUUUGAAAAUCUUGUGCAUUUCAUUGAGUUUGCUUCUAGAUCUGCUAAUGAGCCUGUGUUUGGAAAGGAAGCUAUAUCCAAGAGCCAAGUUCACUGGGGAUCCAAACAAGGCAAGAGUUCAAAGAAAGAUGGAGCCAAGUCAAGUAGUUUCGUGACUGGUGUAGACAGUUCGAACCACAAGCAGGAUAAAUACCGAAGUGUUUCGUGCUACUUCUGCAGAGGACCUCAUGACAUUGAAUCCUGCAAACAGUUUGGUCAGAAAUCUCUCAGUGAACGGAGGACAUAUCUUCAAGAGAAAAAAAUGUGCUUUGGAUGUUUUGGAUUCAAUCACAUGGUAAAGGGCUGUAUGAAGAAACGAAGCUGUAAGAAGUGUGGAAAGUGUCAUCCAACAAUACUGCAUGAUGAGAACUUCCAUUCUGCAAGUAAGAACGUAGAUCAGAAGUCUUUUGAAGCUUGUGAUUCUCUUGUAUCUCCAGAUCAAGAGAAGUCUGUGUCAUCUUCAUGCAACAACAUUGAACCUGUUAUUUCAGAUACUGUGCUCCAAGCUAUUCUUCCAGUUCUGAUCCAGCAAAAGGGAAGUGACAAGCUGGUGAAGAUCUAUGCACUACUUGACAACGGGAGUACUGGCUGCUUUAUAACGGAGGAUCUUAGACAGCGACUUGAGACUACAUCUACAGAAUCUUCACUGAAACUUCGGACUAUGCACAGACUUCAUGUUGUGAGUACGCAUGUUGUGGAAGGUCUUGUUGUGUCAGAUCUCAAUGGUGAUAAUGCAGUGACGCUUCCAAGAACUUUCACUCGAGAGGAGAUACCUGUAAGUCAUAGUCAGAUUCUCAAUCCUGACAUUCUGAAGAAAUGGCCUCAUCUGUGUGCUAUGGCUGACAAGUUGCCCAAAUACCUACCUCAUCUGGAUAUUGGUCUUCUUAUUGGGAGAAACUGUCCUCUUGCACUUCAACCUCAGCAAGUGAUUCCAUCUCAAGGUGAAGGUCCUUUCGCCGUCCUCUACAGACAUGGAUGGACUGUCAGUGGGCCGCUUUAUAUCAAGUUCAACCCAGUUGAUAAUACGCUCACAUGCAAUCGUGUGCUCUUCCAAGAACUCACCUCGGCAAAAGAAUGUCUCACUGAUGUGAUACUGAAUAUGUUUGAAAUGGAUUUUAAUCCCAAGGACACUGGAAUAUUACCUGGUGAACGUGGUUUCUCUAGAGAGGAUGAUCAGUUUAUCGACAUGGCAAAUAAAGGCAUCACGGAAGUUAACGGACACUUUGAAUUGCCAUUACCUCUCAGGGAUCCAGACAUUGAUUUUUCCAACAACAGAGAACAAGCCGAGAAGAGAGCAAUGUGGCAAAGGAAGAAAAUGCUACAUGAUGAUGAGUAUCAUGAACAUUAUACUGCCUUUAUGGAUAGUCUGCUUUCCAAUGGAUAUGCCUACAAGGUCCCAAGUGAUGAGCUAGCACCUGUACCAGGAAAGGUUUGGUAUCUGCCACACCAUGGUGUAUACCAUCCGAAGAAACCUUCAAAAAUCCGCGUAGUAUUUGACUGCAAAGCAAAGUUUGAAGGGUUUUCUUUAAAUGACAGACUCUUGCAAGGACCUGAUCUCACGAACUCCCUGAUAGGUGUUCUUACCAAAUUCAGAAAUGAACCAGUUGCCUUCAUGGCUGAUAUUGAAGCCAUGUUUUAUCAAGUUCGUGUUCCUCCUCAACAACAUGAUCUGUUACGCUUUCUGUGGUGGCCAAAUGGUGACUUGAACUCGGAGCUACAUGAGUAUAGGAUGGCUGUUCACAUUUUUGGAGCAGUUUCUUCCCCCAGCAUAUCCAACUUUGCUCUCAAAGCUGCUGCAAAGAAAGCUGAAGAGAAGUAUGGAAGCCUUGCUGCUGACACAAUCUGCAACAAUUUUUAUGUUGAUGAUUGUCUCAAAUCGGAAUGCACGGAAGAGGCAGCUAUUGACUUAGUGGACUCUUUGCAGAAAUCAUGUGCAGAAGGUGGCUUCAAGCUUACUAAGUUCACAGCUAAAAGUCGCAAUCUUCUCAGAUCCAUACCACAGGAACAUCAUUCAAAAGAACUCCAAACACGUGAUUUAGACUAUGACGAACUACCUGUUGAACGCGCUCUAGGGAUGCAGUGGCAUAUCAACAGUGAUGUUUUUGGAUUCUCAGUUCAUCUGAAGAGUAAGCCAUUCACACGAAGAGGACUAUUGUCUACGAUGUCGUCACUCUACGAUCCUUUAGGAAUUGUUGCACCGGUUUUGUUACCAGCCAAGAAGAUUUUACGGGAUCUGUGCAUCAACAAGCAGCUCGGAUGGGAUGAUGACAUACCCGGGGAAUACAAGGCAUCAUGGGAGCAGUGGAUAGAAGAGCUUCACCAUUUGAAUACAUUACGGAUUGACAGAUGUCUCAAACCUGCUGUUUUUGGACAUGUUGUUUCUGUUCAACUACAUGUAUUCUCCGAUGCAAGCACUGUUGGAUACGGUUGUGUAGCAUAUCUGCGUAUGUCUAACGAUGAAGGCGGUAUUCACACAGCUUUCUUGAUAGGAAAGUCUAGGCUUGCUCCAGUGAAAACUAUCACUGUUCCCAGGUUGGAAUUAACUGCAGCCACCGUGUCUAUUCACAUCGGACAACUGUUAAUGAAGGAACUGGAGACUACACCUGAAAGUGUCACUUACCACACGGACUCAACGACGGUGUUACACUAUAUCAGCAAUGAAACAAAGAGGUUUCCAAUCUUCGUUGCCAACCGUGUCAAGCAAAUCAGAGACUUUUCAGAACCUACUCAGUGGAAGUAUGUAGAUUCAAAAAGCAAUCCGGCUGAUGUUGCAUCCAGAGGUAUAUCUGCAUCACAUCUGCUUACCUGUAUGAACUGGUUUCAUGGGCCCAAAUUUCUUUCUUCUUCAGAAUCAGAAUGGCCAGUACAGCCACAUCUUAUCCAUGAUGAGAAGAUGCUUGAAGAAACAGUCACAGCAACCGAUGCAUCACAGGAUGACUGUUCUCACAACACUGUGAAUAAAUUGUUGGAACAUUACUCCAGCUGGUAUCGUCUGAAGCGUGUUGUAGCCAUAUAUCACAGAUUGUUUGACUCACUCAAGUCACGGAGCGAUGAGCAUCAAUACAAAAAUAAGAAGUAUGCUAAAAGCAACAGAUCGCUUUCUGUGGAGGACCUCAGUCGAGCAGAGAAGAGUAUUCUUCAAUUUGUGCAGAAAAUACACUUCAACAAAGAGUUUGAACUGCUUCAAGGAUGUGAAGGUACACGAGGCCGAGUUCCAAGGACAAGUUCAGUGUAUAAACUUGACCCAUUCAUUGAAAGUGGAAUUCUCAAAGUCGGGGGUCGCAUUGGCAGAGCUAAUAUCCCCAAGGAGAUGAAGCACCCAGUUAUACUUCCUUACAGAAGUCACGUGACGUCACUGAUUAUUACAGACCAGCACAUAAAGCUGGCCCAUGCAGGACGUAACCAUGUACUUUCCAUGCUGAGAGAAACCUACUGGAUUAUUAAGGCUAACUCUGCUGUCCGCAACGUCUUGUCACACUGUUACCUGCCGACGUCUGCGUGGUUCAACAUGUGA